AUGACGUCCGUCGUCAUCACGGACUUCCUCCACUUUCUGGAAGACCCCGACGUGGCCGUGGCCGUGGCGGUCAUCAAAGCACUCACAAACGUCAUUCUGCAUAGCGAAGCUAGCACAAUGAUGCAGAUGGAGGGCGAGCUGCAGGAAGCCGCGCAGCAGCUGCGCACGUUCCAAGCUGCCGACGACGCCCCACGAUUCCACCAUUCCAUCGCGACGACCGCGAGCUGCCAAUUGUUUCUACGCUACGUGACUCGCUGUUUCUUGGAGUUUGACGACUUUGACCACUGCCGGUCGCAGCUCAUUGACCGGGGCAAGUUGUUUGCCAAGACGUCGCUCUCCAGUCGCCAGCGCAUUAGCGAUGUGGGCCACAACUUCAUUCGCGACGGCAUGAAAGUGUUGACGCAUGGCAAGUCCCGCGUUGUCAUUGCACUCCUGCGGGAAGCUGCGAAGACCAAGAACUUUUCGGUGUUUGUCACGGAAGGAAGGAGCACUGCAUCUGGGGUUGACACAGCAGAGGAGCUGGCUCAGGUGGGUAUUCCGACUACGGUGAUCCUUGACUCCGCCGUCGCAUAUUACAUGGAGCAGGUCGAUAUUGUAAUUAUCGGAGCUGAAGGCGUGGUUGAAAACGGUGGAAUUGUGAAUUCGAUUGGUACGUACUCGACUGCAGUGAUCGCAAAGGCUCUGAAUAAACAAUUCUACGUGGCGGCGGAGAGCUACAAGUUUGCUCGUCUCUAUCCGUUGACCCAACGUGAUGUCCCGCAGAAGCACAUGGCUGCUAUCACUGGCGACACUGCUCGUGGUGGAUCAGCUGGAGAGACGAUGAGCGGGGUAACGUUCAUGAGCCCAUUCUUCGACUACACCCCACCUGGAUACAUCGCGUUGAUGUUUACGGAUUUGGGUGUCCUCACACCGUCAGCAGUUUCGGACGAAUUGAUCAAGCUAUAUCAGUAG